UGUACAGGGAGGAGUAUUCCGGGGUCCCGUUGGAAGGACUACUGGCCAUCUAAACCCUCCUCAAUUGCAUGCUUCCACAGCAGGCUCAGAUUUUUAAAACGUGAAGUUUGAACUGGCAGACUAUGUCCUGGCCGGAGAAAUUUACCACACUGGUAAACGUGGAUAAGGAGGGACUUUUUGUCAGGCCAUGAGAUGGCCCUAUGGCACAUAGAAGACAGUUCUAUAGGCAGGACCGGGGAGAAGGCAAUGAAAGAGAAAGUAGAAGGGGACAGAGAAGGGAUAAGUCCCAGGAUAUAUGUCAGAAGUGUAACUAAAAUUCACCCCGAACCUUAUCUCUACUUUGGGAAACAAGGAUUGGGUAUCCUGGUACGCCUCUCUGCGGAGCGAAAUAGAACCAAUAGACCUACAGGAGUGACACCUCAGUGAGCACAGGGUCCAGACCCCUAGUAUGUGCCAAAAAAUUAGCUCUGAUAUGGAAUGACGAGCAUACUCUGGCCUUUGCACAAGCCAUAUGUAAAACAGCGUCUGAACUGCAUGAGAGGAUGAGACAGGCGCAGGGCCCUGUUAGAGAUGCCCCUGUAAAUGCAUUCCAACCAGGAGAGAAGUAUGUGUAAACAAUUUAAACAGUGAUUCUCUUUCUCCUCGGUGGAAAGGACCUUACACUGUGCUGCUAACAACCCGGAAAGUAGGCGGAAAAGAAGAUUGGGUUCACGUAGCUAGAUGCAGAAAGCAUCACCCAUCGAAAGCAGAAAGCGAUGGAGUCAACUAGCAACUAACAAUCAGCGGAGGAUACUGGCGGGAAGGGCUACGGGAAUGGUUUCCCGGAUGGGGAAAAUGGGUCAUGCAUGGAAUUAUAAUAGUGGCUGUGGGGUGUUGUGUAUGUGGGUUUUUCAGGUUGGGCUGUAGUCAGUUGAUAAAAGGGACUUUGACCAGCCCCUAUGGUACCAGUGGUGUCCCAGAUGAUGAACUACUGACCAGGUACAGGACACUGGUGGGGAGAAAAGGUGUACCCUGGAAAGGCAAGGCCCUUUCCCUAUGGAUAUGAACCCCCUUAUGAUGAAGAGGAGGAACUAUCAAGGAGGGAACUGUGGAAGAAAUUCUGUUAGCUGCUAGAUACUAAGGUGUUAUAGAGUUUUUUCUUCACAGCAGUUGUUCUGUACUUGAACUGUGGAAGAAGAUACCCAGAGCUGACACUGUAUUGAGCAAGGAAGUGUUAAUGAUCUUCAGAUGUAAAAUCAAAGUCUACUGUGACUAAUGUACUCUGUGCUGCUGACAAUGUGCCUUUCAGUCCGGCUGAUUAAAAUAACUGUAUUUGUUGUUCUAAGAAUCAUCACAUGUCUGAUAUACUCUUUUGAGAAAUUAACACAGAAGUAAAUGUGUAACUGCUCAAGGACAUAUCCUGCAAUUUUACCACUCAGCAGAACGGCCAUUGAAGUUCCUUCUUCUGAUUUAUGUGUUUUUCUCUCAUGUGCUUGGGAUUUAAAUAAGAGCGUGACCUGUUGUCAGGCAGAGUCUCGGAACUCUGCUGUUAGGAGGGUGAGCUCUCCAUGACGUCAUGGAGACUUUCUCGGGCGAUCUCCCUUCGUGUCCGAGUAAUACCUUUCCUGCAACAGGAACCAUGAGCAAUGGUAUCUGCAGGAGAGCUCACGGGGUGUUGUGGCCCGCAGCCUGUGCAGGGGAGCAGGCCACCUGUAUAUGGCCUGCCCAAGACGUGCCAGUAGGAGAAGCCGGCUUCAACAACACCCUCCCCCAGGAGCACCCCAGCAGAGACACAGACCAGAAAGGGCAAGAUUCCUCCAAAAUGAAUGCUCUUUUACAUAAGAUUAAAUUUCCUCAAAUUACUGUUGAAGAUCAACAGAUGCUUGAUGCUCCAAUUACCGAGCAUGAAAUUCAGAAAGCUAUGUUGUCAAUGCAAUCAGAUCUCAGAGGGGAAUAGUUGUUACUACUUCACAAUGUCUAAGAGGUGGAAAGCAGCUUCCCGAAUCCAGAAAAUGGAAAGGGUAAAAAGUCGGAGGAAACACCAGCUUGGGCAGAGCGUCUGGAAAAUUCCCUGCAGGGUCUCGGAAAACAUUAUCUCCCUGAAUUCUGAACUUAAAGAGGCGAAGUGGCAAAUCAUGGAAAAAUCAGCUCGCUUGGAAAAGUCCCAACGUAAGAUUAUCGAUUUGGAAGCAAGAUCUCGUCAGAAUAAUAUUCGAAUUGUUGGAUUCGAGGAAGGAUCUGAGACCGGAGAUUUAUUAGACUAUUUCGCGAACUUGUUUCAAUCUCUGUUUCCGGAUAUUUUACCUCAACCUCCCGACAUCGGAAGAGCGAAUAGAAUUUUCACUUUGAAACCUCGGAACCCGGAUAAACCAAGAAACUUCUCCCAAUUGGCUUUCUCAAGGAUCCAAGUCCCACCUGUAUUUUCUGUGACCAAUGAGGCAGAAAUAUUCAUCUUGCACCAGAUUGGCUGGCCCAGUCCCACAUAUUACAAUUGCGUUCACGGGGCAGUCCGGGCGUUGGUAGUUCCCUCCCUCCCGAAGGCGGAGCCUGGUCCGGGGAAUCAAUCCACAGUGACAGGCUGUUCCCUCUGA